AUGUCGUCAACAUCCAAAGAAACCGUACACGCGCUUUUUUCUGACAUCACAGAAACGCAGGACAUGCCGAGCCGCAAAAAAACGUCACCUGCAGGAUUCGAACCUACGCUCACGAAUGAACGCCCUUGGAAACCGUCGUCGGGAGACGAUGAAUAG